CUCCAGCCACUGCCCCCCGAGCCAGCCGGCGAGUUCGGGCUUCUGCGAGCUCUCCCGGAGCUCUCCUGCCUCCUUCGGAUUCCGGCCGCGAUCUCCGUAGGCGCACCCGCCGCCCCAGCACCUACCUCUUCAGGACUCGUUGCUUUUGCCGCACUCCCGACCACUGCGACCACACAGGUUCCCUGCUGGGCACAAACAGCUCCACCAUGGGGCUGGCCUGGGGAUUCAUUGUUCUGUUCCUGUUGCACGUGUGUGACACCAACCGUAUUCCAGAGUCUGGGGGAGACAACAGCGUUUUUGACAUCUUUGAACUCACUGGAGCUGCCCGCAGGGGUUCUGGGCGCCGGCUGGUGAAGGGGCCUGACCCAUCCAGCCCAGCUUUCCGCAUUGAGAAUGCCAACCUGAUCCCCCCUGUGCCUGAUGACAAGUUCCAAGACCUAGUGGAUGCUGUGCGGGCAGAUAAAGGUUUCCUCCUCCUGGCCUCCCUGAGGCAGAUGAAGAAGACCCGGGGCACACUGCUGGCCGUGGAGCGUAAAGACAAUUCUGGCCAGGUCUUCAGUGUGGUCUCCAAUGGCAAGGCAGGCACCCUGGACCUGAGCCUGAGUGUGCAGGGGAAUCAGCAGGUAGUGUCGGUGGAAGAAGCUCUCCUGGCCACUGGCCAGUGGAAGAGCAUCACCCUGUUUGUGCAGGAAGACAGGGCCCAGCUGUACAUCGACUGUGAAAAGAUGGAGAAUGCUGAACUGGAUGUCCCCAUCCAAAACAUAUUUACCAGGGACCUGGCCAAUAUCGCCAGGCUCCGCAUUGCAAAGGGAGAUGUCAAUGACAAUUUUCAGGGGGUGCUGCAGAAUGUGAGGUUUGUUUUUGGAACCACACCAGAAGACAUCCUCAGGAACAAAGGGUGCUCCAGUGCAGCUACAAAUGUCCUUCUCACUCUUGACAACAAUGUGGUGAAUGGUUCCAGCCCUGCCAUCCGCACCAACUACAUUGGCCACAAGACAAAGGACCUGCAAGCCAUUUGUGGCAUCUCCUGUGAUGAGCUGUCUAGCAUGGUCCUAGAACUCAGAGGCCUGCGCACCAUCGUGACCACACUGCAGGACAGCAUCCGCAAAGUGACGGAAGAGAACAAAGUGUUGGCCAAUGAACUGAGGAGGCCUCCGCUGUGCUAUCACAAUGGGGUUCAAUAUAGGAAUAAUGAGGAAUGGACUGUGGAUAGCUGCACUGAGUGUCACUGUCAGAACUCAGUCACCAUCUGCAAAAAGGUGUCCUGUCCCAUUAUGCCCUGCUCAAAUGCCACUGUUCCUGAUGGAGAAUGCUGCCCACGGUGUUGGCCCAGUGACUCUGCAGAUGAUGGCUGGUCCCCUUGGUCUGAGUGGACCUCCUGCUCUGCAACGUGUGGCAAUGGAAUUCAGCAGCGCGGCCGCUCCUGUGACAGCCUCAACAACCGAUGCGAGGGCUCCUCAGUGCAGACACGGACCUGCCACAUUCAGGAGUGUGACAAGAGAUUUAAACAGGAUGGCGGCUGGAGCCACUGGUCACCAUGGUCAUCUUGUUCUGUGACAUGUGGUGAUGGUGUGAUCACAAGGAUUCGGCUCUGCAACUCUCCCAGCCCCCAGAUGAAUGGGAAACCAUGUGAAGGCGAAGCCCGGGAGACCAAAGCCUGCAGGAAAGACGCCUGCCCCAUCAAUGGAGGCUGGGGUCCCUGGUCACCUUGGGACAUCUGUUCUGUCACCUGUGGAGGAGGGGUACAAAAACGUAGCCGGCUCUGCAACAAUCCCACACCCCAGUUUGGAGGCAAAGACUGCAUUGGUGAUAUGACAGAAAACCAAGUUUGCAACAAGCAGGACUGUCCAAUUGAUGGGUGCCUGUCCAAUCCCUGCUUUGCUGGUGCCAAGUGUACCAGCUAUCCUGAUGGCAGCUGGAAAUGUGGUGCUUGUCCUCCUGGUUACAGUGGAAAUGGCAUCCAGUGCAAAGAUGUUGAUGAGUGUAAAGAAGUGCCUGAUGCCUGCUUCAGCCACAAUGGGGAGCACAGAUGUAAGAACACAGACCCUGGCUACAACUGCUUGCCCUGCCCUCCACGCUUCACUGGCUCACAGCCCUUCGGACGGGGUAUCGAGCAUGCCAUGGCCAACAAACAGGUAUGCAAGCCCCGAAACCCCUGCACAGACGGGACACAUGACUGCAACAAGAAUGCCAAAUGCAACUACCUGGGCCACUACAGUGACCCCAUGUACCGCUGUGAGUGCAAACCUGGUUAUGCUGGCAAUGGCAUCAUCUGCGGGGAGGACACAGACCUGGAUGGCUGGCCAAACGAGGACCUGGUGUGUGUGGCCAAUGCAACUUACCACUGCAAAAAGGACAACUGUCCCAACCUUCCCAACUCAGGGCAGGAAGACUAUGACAAGGAUGGAAUUGGUGAUGCCUGUGAUGAUGAUGAUGACAAUGACAAAAUUCCAGAUGAUAGGGACAACUGUCCAUUCCAUUACAAUCCUGCCCAGUAUGACUAUGACAGAGAUGAUGUGGGAGACCGCUGUGACAACUGCCCCUACAACCAUAACCCAGACCAGGCAGACACAGACAACAACGGGGAAGGAGAUGCCUGCGCUGCAGACAUUGAUGGAGAUGGUAUCCUCAACGAACGGGACAACUGCCAGUAUGUCUACAAUGUCGACCAGAGGGACACUGAUAUGGAUGGGGUUGGAGAUCAGUGUGACAACUGCCCCCUGGAACAUAAUCCAGAUCAGCUGGACUCUGACUCUGACCGCAUUGGGGAUACCUGUGACAACAAUCAGGACAUUGAUGAAGAUGGCCACCAGAACAACCUGGACAACUGUCCCUAUGUGCCCAAUGCUAACCAGGCUGACCAUGAUAAGGAUGGCAAGGGAGAUGCUUGUGACCAUGAUGACGACAAUGAUGGCAUUCCUGAUGACAGGGACAAUUGCAGGCUGGUGCCCAAUCCUGACCAGAAGGACUCUGAUGGCGAUGGUCGAGGUGAUGCUUGCAAAGAUGACUUUGACGAUGACAGUGUGCCCGAUAUUGAUGACAUCUGUCCUGAGAAUGUUGACAUCAGUGAGACCGAUUUCCGCCGAUUCCAGAUGAUUCCUCUAGAUCCCAAAGGGACAUCCCAAAAUGACCCUAACUGGGUUGUCCGCCAUCAGGGUAAAGAGCUCGUGCAGACUGUCAACUGUGAUCCUGGACUUGCUGUUGGUUAUGAUGAGUUUAAUGCUGUGGACUUCAGUGGCACCUUCUUCAUCAACACCGAAAGGGAUGACGACUACGCUGGAUUUGUGUUUGGUUACCAGUCCAGCAGCCGUUUUUAUGUUGUUAUGUGGAAGCAAGUCACCCAGUCCUACUGGGACACCAAUCCUACAAGGGCUCAGGGAUACUCAGGCCUUUCAGUGAAAGUUGUGAACUCCACCACAGGGCCUGGUGAGCACCUGCGAAAUGCCCUGUGGCACACAGGAAACACCCCUGGUCAGGUGCGCACCCUGUGGCAUGACCCUCGUCACAUAGGCUGGAAAGAUUUCACUGCCUACAGAUGGCGUCUCAGCCACAGGCCAAAGACAGGUUUCAUUAGAGUGGUGAUGUAUGAAGGGAAGAAAAUCAUGGCUGACUCAGGACCCAUCUAUGACAAAACCUAUGCUGGUGGUCGGCUAGGAUUGUUUGUCUUCUCUCAAGAAAUGGUGUUCUUCUCUGACCUGAAAUAUGAAUGUAGAGAUUCCUAAUCAUCAAGCUGUUGAUCAGAGUACUGAUCACAACCAGUGCUGGUAUUGCACCUUCUGGAACCAAGGGCUUGAGCAAACCCCAGGAUCACUUCUCCUUGCCUUCCUUUUUUUCUCUGCUUGCAUUGGUGUGGACUCCUAGAACAUGUGACCUGCCUCAAGAAAAAGCAGUUUUCAAACACACUCAGCAUUCGGCCUCCAGUGAAUGAGAAGACAUCUUCCAAGAAUAUAAACAAUUAACUCUGGUUUGAUUUUGAAAAAGCAAAAGCGUCCACUUACUUCAGUUGGCAUGGUGCCCACUCCACUCUGCUUUGUCCCAGAGUGGGUGCUUUGUGAGGCCAUCUCUGAGUAAUGGACUCAGAAGCAUUUUCAGGCAUGUCAGAGAAGGGAGGACUCACUAGAAUUAGCAAACAAAACCACCCCAACAAUACUCCCUCAGUAACAGGGGGAGCAGGGCCAAAGCACUAAGGGAAGGGCGCACACCCAACAGACGAUGGUAUGAAGAAAAUAUGGAGGAACUGUUACGUGUUCGGUACUAAAUCACUUUCAGGGGAUUGAAAGACUAUUGCUGGAUUUCAUGAUGCUGACCAGUGUUAGCUGAUUAACCCAUGUAAAUAGGCACUUAAAUAGAAGGAGGGAAGGGAGGGGAAGACUGGCUCUGGACUUCCUCCCUGGCCCUGCCCUUUACAUAUCACCUGUAGUGGCCAGAACAGGGCAUCAGAAGUGCAAGGCAGUGCUGGCUGCCAUUGUCUGGUCACAUUGAAAUUGCUGGUUUUAUUCCAGAUGUACCUUGUGCAGAUGUAGCAGAAAAUAGGAAAACCUACCAUCUCGGUGAGCUCUAGCUACCUCCCAAGGGAGGGGUAGCUGUGCUUAUAUAUUUAUGGUUAGAAAGGCACAAAAUUAUUAUCAAUCUAACUAAAACAUUCCUUUUCUAUCUUCCUGAAUAAUCAUGGAGUUUUCCAAUUCUCUUUUGGACUGUAGUUUUUUGGGUUUUUUUUUUUUUAAACAAAUGCUUUACAAUGUAAAAUAUUUAUUUUUUACCUAUUCUGGAAGAUCUGUCUGAAGGAUUAUUCAUGGAACAGGAAGUAGUAUAAGGACUAUCCAUAUCAUCUUUGUUAGGAGUCUUCAUGACUGUAAGAUUGUAAAUACAGAUUAUUUAUUAACUCUGUUCUACCUGGAAUUAGAUUUCAUAUGGAAAGUGUUUGAGAGCAGGUAGCUGAGAUUUAUCAGCAAAUCUCUUUAAAACUGGCACAUGGAAAAUCAGCACAACAAGCUGCUUUUUCACUUUGUGCUUAGAAUGAAUGAUUUGGAAUUCUUUCUUUCUUCUUUGUUUUGUCUUUCCAAGAAUUGUUGGUUGUCCAUCUGCAAGUGUUUUGGAUUGCAAAGAAAGCCAUGAGAUCUUUAAUACUAUUUUAUCCCAUUCUUUGUGCCUAUUUCCAGGGAGAAGAAAAACAUACUUAUUUUUUUUUCACUUUUCCAAAAGAGAAAGAAAUGACAAAGGUGAAACUUAUAUACAAAUAUUACCUCAUUUGUUGUGUGACUGAGUAAAGAAUUUUGGGAUCAAGCAGAAAGAGUUUAAGUGUCUAACAAACUUAAAGCUACUGUAGUACCUAAAAAAGUCAAUGUUGUACAUAGUAUAAAAAUUCUUUGCAGAAAAAAAUAUUCCCAGUAAGGAAAUAGCAUUGAAAUGUUAAAUACAAUUUCUAAAAGUUGUUUUUUUCUAUCAUCUUGUAUACCAUUGCUUUAUUUUUAUAAAUUAUUUUCUCAUUGCCAUUGGAAUAGAUAUCUCAGAUUGUGUAGAUAUGCUAUUUAAAUAAUUUAUCAGGAAAUACUGCCUGUAGAGUUAGUAUUUCUAUUUUUAUAUGUUUGCACACUGAAUUGAAGAAUUGUUGGUUUUGCUCUUUUUUUGUUUUGUUUUGUUUUGAUUUUUGCUUUUUACUCCCCGGUUUUUACUAUUUGCCAAUAACUUUUUCUAGGAAUGUGCUUUUUUGUACACAUUUUUAUCCAUUUUACAUUCUAAAGCAGUGUAACUUGUAUAUUACUGUUUCUUAUGUAAAGGAACAACAAUAAAUCAUAUGGAAGUUUAUAUUUAUA